AUGACUCGAGCUUCUGCGAAAGAAGUGCUACCGUACGAGCCAGAGUUAGAAAAACAACCGCGUGAGGUGAGGAAAGAAAGAGAUCUCACCGAGAAGUUAGUAAAGGUUGGGCAAUCCUCAACCCAAACAACUAUGGCCGGAAACGAUGAUGAUAAUUUCAGAAACAUAGCUCUCGGGCUUGGGAGAUCACUUGGUGACUAUGCUAGACUGGUCUACAAUAAAGGAUUAUCAAAUGUUAGACCAUCUCCAAUUGCUGCUAACAAUUUUGAGUUGAAGCAAGGGUUGCUUCAAACCAUUCAGAAUUGUUGUGUCUUCAGAGAAAAGAUGAACGAAGAUCCAAACAUACAUCUAAUGGACUUCGAGGAGAUUAUGAACACCUUUCAAUACAAUGGGGUGUCACAAGAUGUAGUGUACUUAAGGGCAUUCCCCUUUUCACUUAAAGAUGAUGUGAAGCAGUGGAUUCGAAUCUUGCCCACGGGACCGAUUAGAACAUGGGAUGAGAUGACCAGAACAUUCCUUGAUAAAUAUUUCUCCUCAGCUAUGACCGACAAGUUUAGAAGAGAAAUCCAUAACUUUUGCCAAAAAGAGACAGAAACAGUUUUUGAAGCAUGUGAGAGGUUUAACGAGAUAGAUGGAUUGACAUCGGCCUCGCAUAGAACAUUGAGCAAUACAACCGGGGGACCUUUGAUGAGGAAGACUCCAAAGGAGAUAGUUACAAUUCUUGAUGAGUUAUCUGAAGACGCAAAUCAGCGGCACUCUGAUAGUGCUGAAAGAAGAAGAUCAAUUGGUAUUCACCAAGUUGAUGUUAAUACAUCUGUGCAAAAACAAAACAAUCCUAGAUUCCAAGGACAAGUAGCUCCUAGUUUUAUUAAUCAGCCGAGGCAACAGUUUCAGCCUCAACAACCCAAUCAGCCUAGUCUAGAAGAUCUACUGAAGUCCUUCAUUGUGAAAACUAAUGAAAGAUUUGAAGUACAAGUGGCAGCAAUUCAAAAUUUAGAGAAGCAAGUGGGACAGAUUGCAGCGAUAUUUUCUGAGAGGGUUCCUGGAACUCUCCUUGCUGAUACUGACAAAAAUCCCAAAGAAACAAUAAAUGUUGUAGCCUUGAGAAGUGGGCAAGUGUUGAAUGAUCUCACCCCAAUCCAAAAAGAUAUGAAGCUUGAAAAAAAAAGUGGGGAACAACUAAAAGGUAAUGUUGAUAAGAAGAAGAAGGUUCAGAUGGCAUUUGAGAAAAAAAAGAACGAAGAAACUUCAAGAAGGGAGGAACCUAAUGAGAGAAAGCAUAUGCUUGCUCUACCUUUCCCCCAAAAGGUAUAUAGAGAAAAGUUGGACAAGCAGUUUGAGGGACUUUUGGAUGUGCUGAAACAGGUUGAUGAAAACUUACCAUUCAUAGAAGUGGUCUCACAAAUGCUAGCUUUUGCUAAAUUCUUAAAGGAGAUCCUUAUUGAGAAGAGAGAAAUAAUGGAGACCUCCGCGGUCAAGCUCAGAGCAUUGAAGCACGACAUUACAAAAUAA